GAGAGUGAAUCUGACACUGGGGGAUACAAAAAACAACGGCGUUUUUAAACAUCUUAAACCAAUUGCUUCAAAAUGGCAACUAAAUUUAACGGUCUGCUUGCUCGGUUGCACAUACUUCAGCUCGCCAGCAAGCUCGUACAAUGAAAACAAGUUGACUCUCGGGUUUAUUGCUAGACAACGGCGAAAAUAGCUGCCUGAUGUUUUGCCAUUUAUUAUCCUUGUACGUGAUGCCAGCCUCCCAAAACGGAGGUGGUGUUGUUUCGUUUCUUAAAACUAGUUAGCUCGUUCUAGCCAUAAAGUAUCCACCGUGAUAAAAUAAUUUAUAUUUUCAAAAUAAAGAGGAGUUCGCUCUUCAGUCCUUGGGCGAACCAUUUAUCUGCCGACGGAAGUAGCUAGCUAGCGAGCUAGCGUGGUGCUGUAGCUGGAAGCCUAAAAGCUAUCGACGUUCUCAAUAUUCCAAACCUGGCAAGGAUGUCAAACGAGCACUCGCCCCUCCUCACCUAUGGGCUGUUCAGCGUGGUGGGUGACCCCUCUGUGUCAGGGUCUGAGUCGGGGCCGCAGGGGGCGGGCGCGGCAGGCACCGGGGGGCCCGCCCCCUCACCCCGCAGCCUCAACACCUUCUUCGGGGUGAUCGUGCCCACCGUGCUCUCCAUGUUCAGCAUCGUCCUCUUCCUCAGGACGGGUUUUGUGGUUGGUCAUGCUGGGCUCUUUCAGGCCCUCAUUAUGCUGGGCGUGGCCUAUGUCAUCAUUUCCCUGACGAUCCUCUCCAUUUGUGCCAUCUCCACUAAUGGAGCGGUCCAAGGGGGCGGGGCUUACUUCAUGAUCAGCCGAUCUCUGGGUCCAGAAUUUGGGGGCAGCAUUGGUCUCAUGUUCUACCUGGCCAACGUCUGUGCAUGUGGGGUGUACGUGCUGGGAUUGGUGGAGGCCAUACUCGACAUUUUUGGACAGGACCCAGCUUCUUCAGUGCCGGAGGGCAUGCGGGUGCUGCCGCAGGGGUACUGGUACGGGGUGCUGUACUCGUCCGUCGUGCUGCUGGUCUGCCUGCUGGUCUGCCUGGUGGGCGCGCAGAUCUACUCCCGCGCCUCCUUCCUCAUCCUGCUGGUGGUCACCCUCUCCCUGCUGUCCAUCUACAUCAGCCCCCUCGCCCUGGGGCCCCGAGACUUCCUCAUCAGCCACCAGGGCGGCGCUGCCAACAGCACCGUCGUCUACAAUGCCAGCUACACAGGCUUCAACCGGACCACGCUGCACAAUAAUCUUGGGCCUGGCUACUCCCUGGACUACAGCACCAACACUGUCAUGACCUUCGCCACUGUGUUCGCCGUCAUGUUCAAUGGCUGCACUGGGAUCAUGGCUGGGGCUAACAUGUCUGGAGAGCUAAAGAACCCCAGUGUCUCCAUUCCCAAGGGAACUAUAAUAGCAGUGGUCUACACCUUCUUUGUCUACCUGUUCCUCUUUCUCCUCAUCAGCUCCACCUGUGACAGGGUUCUGCUGAUCCAGGAUUAUGGGUUCUUCCGCCGCAUCAACGUGUGGCCCCCCUUCGUCGUCAUCGGGGUGUACUGCACCUCCCUGUCCGCUGCCAUGAGCUCUCUGAUCGGGGCGUCCCGGAUCCUGCACGCCCUCGCCCUGGACCAGCUCUUCGGGAUGCCGCUGGCACCAGCAACCAUUACCUCAAGCUCUGGAAACCCAUGGGUGUCUGUGCUGUACACCUGGGCUCUGGUGCAGUGUGUGGUUUUCGCUGGCCAGCUGAACUCCAUCACCAGCCUGGUGACCGUCUUCUACCUACUGGCCUAUGCUGCUGUUGACCUGGCCUGCCUGGCACUGGAGUGGGCGUCUGCACCCAACUUCAGGCCUACGUUCCAGUUCUUCUCCUGGCACUCCUGCCUGCUGGGGAUCUUGGGAUGUGUGGUGAUGAUGUUUGUGAUCAACCCCGUAUACUCCUCAGCCAGCAUUGCCCUGCUGCUGCUACUGCUUCUUUUCAUCCACUACAGAGCCCCGACCAGCAGCUGGGGCUACAUCAGCCAGGCACUCAUCUUCCACCAGGUGCGUAAGUACCUGCUGAUGCUGGACGUGCGGAAGGAGCAUGUGAAGUUCUGGAGGCCGCAGGUGCUGCUGAUGGUGGCCAACCCUCGCUCCUCCUGCCAGCUGAUCACCUUCGUCAACCAGCUGAAGAAGGGCGGGCUGUUCGUGCUGGGGCAUGUGCAGCUGGGGGACCUGGACACCCUCCCCUCAGACCCUAUUCAGCCACAGUACAACUUUUGGCUCAGUCUGGUGGACAAACUGGGGGUGAAGGCGUUCGUGGACCUGACACUGUCGUCUUCAGUCAGACAGGGAACGCAGCACCUACUCAGAAUCACCGGCCUGGGAGGGAUGAAGCCCAACACCCUGGUCUUGGGUUUCUACGACAACUGCGUCCCCGAGGACUACUUCCUGCAGGACCCGGCCUUCUGUGAGGGCGUCUGCGGCCCUGGCAGCGGCGGGGACAACUUUGGGGUGGACCUGCCCUCCCUGCAGGCCCACUUCCCCCCGGUCCGCACGGUGGAGUCUCCCCGCUGGCUCUCGCCGGACGAGUACGUGGGCAUCAUCUCCGAUGCCAUCAAGAUGGGCAAGAACGUGUGCCUGGGCCGCUACUUCUUCCAGCUGGAGGGUGGCGCGGUGGGCGGGGCGCCCCAGACAGGGGAGGAGCGGACUAUCGACGUGUGGCCGCUCAACCUGCUGCGGCCUGAGAACAGCGGCUACGUGGACGUCUGCAGCCUCUUCCUCCUGCAGAUGGCGUGCGUGCUGAACAUGGCCAGCGGGUGGCGCCGUGCCCGCCUCCGCAUCUUCCUGUGCGUGGAGGCGGAGUCAGGUGACCAGGGCUGGGUGGCCAAAGAGGAAACGCUACGUGAGCUGCUCGGCAAGCUGCGCAUCCGCGCCUCCAUCAAGAUCGUGGCGUGGGACGCCGUGGCGCGGCUGCAGGCGGGCGGCCCCGAGCGGCGGGCGGCCACACCAGGCGGCGGCGACGUCGGCGAGGGCGAGCUGGGCGGCUGGGCCCGCGCCGCACCCGGUGUCUCCGAGGAGUUCCUGGCCGCCGCCAACGCCCUGGUGAUGGAGCACAGCGCCCUGGCCGCCGUGCGGUUCCUCUACCUGCCACGCCCACCGGCCGGCUCUGGCCAAUCGCAGCGCUACCUGGCGCAGCUGGAGGCGAUCACACGCGACCUGGGCCCCACCCUCCUGAUACACGGCCAGACGCCUGUCACGUGCACCGAGCUCUGAGGGCUUGCACGUGUGUGUGUGGGUGUGCCUGUGUGUUUGUAUUGGCUCUCUGUGCCUUUCUAUUGGCCCGUGUCCCUGUCAGUCAUCCGUUUCUUCCUAUCCCAAUUCAGCCGGAGUCUCUCCAUCAGUUAUGGUGCAUUGUUAUGUAGGUGUGGGUGUGACUGUUCUGUUUGUGGAUGUGUUAGCGUGUCCUGUCGUAUACCCCCUCUUCACAGCUUUGUGCUUUCCUUUGCAUCUUUAUCUGUUUGUUUGUCCGUUACUCUUCUCAUAUGGGUCUCCGCCCCUUUUACUCCCUCUAAACUUUAGCUAAGUUGCAAGUCGUCCAG